AUGACUGCGUGCUGUGUGAAGUUGCCGCGCUUGAAGUGCACGGGGUUGGUCGAGGUUAAGUUCUCCAAUGAUGACGAUACGGUCGCGGCCGAGGGUGUCUUCUUCCUCAAAGGGGCCCCUGAGGAGGCGUUUCUGCAGUCUGCGCAUCUUCGGACCAACCGCACGCUCACUGCCAACACCGAGGAAAUCGAUCCAGCCGAAGCCUCCUCCUAUGAUUUGGUCCCGCCCGCCCUCAGGGCCGCUGAUUCCCAGCGUCGCUUUCCGUUUUUCGCAGGGAGGCUGGCCAAUGUAGAAGCCUUGGAAACGACCGCCUAG